CGCGAAACACAGGUUGCGCGGUACAUCCCAGUGUCUAUGACGUUCUAAACAUAACUCGGCCGCAGUAUCUCUCACCGCUGAAAACAACAGAAAUUGAUUUUAACGUCGCGGAUGUCUGAGUCUGCUUGUGACUAUCUUAAAAGGUUUCUGUCUGAAGUUGAUGGGAUCCUCGGUAUCUUUGUUGCGGAUAAAGACGGAGUCGUUGUUGCAAGUGCCACAAUGGAUGAUAUGCCUGAUCAAGCACGCUCACCAUAUGUUACUGCUGCUUUUAUCGUAUCAUUACAACAAGUAAACAAACUAGAUCUUGGAGACUUAGAAUGGAUGAUCACUAGCUAUCAAGAGAUGGUGAUCUGCCAGUUUCAUUUUACAUGCCAAUCAGCUUUACCAUUAUUUCUGACGGUUGUUGGCUCCAGUGAAUGCAAUAUAGGAGCUAUAAUCGCACUUGAACCAUCCAUUCGUCCGUUAUUAAAUCGUUUAGCCCCGGAAGCAUCAUCAAGAAUACAGAAUGAGGCUAUGCUAAGCCGUACCACAAAUGGUCCUUAUUUUCGAGUAUAAUACUCAUUAAGUUUUGGGAUUAUUUUUCGGAGCCGAUUUUUUAGUUGUGUAAUUUAUCUUGUAUAUUAAUCAGAAACUGUACAAUAAUACUAUUAAAAUUUACACAUUUUAUUUCUAUCUUGGUGAUUCCUCAAUAUAAUAUUUUGCAUACUUGUACUAAGUUAUCCCAAACUAUAUGAUUUGUAGUAAAGGUUUUGGAUAUAAACAGCCGACCAAACCUAUUUGCAAUUGAUAAGCAUAAGCAGUUCAGCACGCACUAUAAAAUAAUACUAAAUAAGCUUACAUUCAAACCUAAUAUCGAAUACAUAUGAAUUGGAGUAAACACUGC